GACGUCACUUCCUCUCACAUUCAGCUGCAACAACACAGCAGGUCUUCAGAUUCAGUAGUUGAUGAAACAGAUCGUGUGCAUGUCUCAGAUCGCCGCUGGUCUCGCUGCCGUGUGUGUUUAGAGGCGCUCGGAUUGAAGCAGUGCGGACUGACUCAGCCAUGAAGGGCCCCAGCACAGAGGCGGAGGUGAUAGAGGAGGGCACCCCAACACCAACCGACCCCAGCGGUGAAGAACUACCACCUUACCUGCGUGAAGAGCCACCUGAGGAUCUGGACAAGGAUCAUCCGAAGAGCGAGGCGGGCGUGGUCUGGAGAGUGACGGGCGGCCUGUUCAACCUGACCAAAGGAGCCGUGGGCGCCACCCUCGGGGGCGUGGCCUGGGUGGGCAGCAAAAGUUUCGAGUUGACCAAAACCGCUGUGACGAGCGUCCCAGCGGCCGGCGUGGGAUUGGUCAAGGGCAGUGUCUCCGUGGUAACGGGAGGGGUCGGGGCGGUGGGGUCGGCGGUGGCUGGUAAAGUUACAUCAAAGAAAAAAGACAAGUCAGAUUAGAUCGGCUUACGGCUCCACUCCUCUGUUUGCUUCGAUGUAUCCGUUACUGUCUGAGCGGGUGUGUGGUCACUCUCUUGGGUUUGAGUGUUUGGAAACUGUAAGGAGACCAAGUUUUUGUCAGAAGUUGCCCUCUUGCGCCCGACGAGGAUCAGCUUAUACCUCCCUGUUAGCACUAGAAGAGAAAACACAGAACUUUCCUCAAGAAAGGCACGAAAGGGCAACAUCUGCUAGCGUAAAUGGCUACAUCUGAUGUAUGCUUGACCAUUGGGAUCUCAUGCUUUUUGUUUGUCUAAUUGUUUGAUUGUACGUUUGUUUUUGUUUGUCUGUUUAUUUAAUGGCUGAGGGUCGGGACUGUAUGUCUGUAUCAGUGAAAAAGAAACACCCUCCAUUCUUUAAACGACACGAUGCUAAUGUAUCUGUAAUUGGACCAGCCAGUGUGAAACUCUGCGUAAGUAUUAUUAAGGCGAUGCACUUUCAGCAGAAUAACGCCCUGAUGGGUAAAGACAAGGCUGUCGUAAUGGCUUUAUGCUGCGUUCAUGACAAGUGGGAGUUUGGAAUUUUCCGACUCGGAAUUUUCCCAUCUAAAAGCAUUCAUUCAAAUUCAUGCAGUUUUUUAGGGCGUGAUUUAGAUUUUUCUUGUAUAUAAGUCCACUUAUGACAUUUAUGUGGGUUUUAGUACCAAAAACAGUAAUAAUUCCUUC